AUCUGUUUCAUGAUUUCUCAGGGGGGGAGAUGUCAUUGGCGUACCUUCGACUGUGUGCCCGACACAGGUUAGCACCUGGAGCUCAGGGAUAUGCGACCCACACCAGUGCCCCCAGGUCUCGGGAGCUAAAGGAUGAGGGUCCAGUGUUUCAGUAUGUAGGGAAGCAGCGAAAGCCCAACCACAAGGUGUUCGUAUGGGGGUUUAGCUACACUGGAGCUCUGGGCAUCCCCAGCUUUGUGGUUCCAGACAGUGGCAGGAAAAAGCCUAGGAAAUACCAGCUCACUCCUUACCGUCUGGAGACAGAGCAGCAGGUAAUGUCUGUUUAACCACAGAAACACUUAACUGACAUAAUAGACAUGUUUCUAUACAAUGUAUGACAACUGCAUUUGUUCCAGGCCAGUUGGUCUACACAGCCAGGCUGUGUUUGUUUGUUAGGGCUGGGGCAUGAUGUUUUGCAACUGAAAACGAAAAUAUGGGUUCUUCUUAUUGGACAAGUUCAGACAAGGUAGUAGGCUACUUCUGUUUCAUAGCGUUUUUCUCUUGUUUCGUGUCUACUGAAAACAAGGCUGAUUCUGCUAAUCGAGGUAUUUUUGACUGCUGAACAAUUUAAUCAAAUGGCCACCCAGACGAUUUGCAUUGAUCUCUCCCCCCCCCCCCCCCCCCUUUGUUUUUACACUGCUGCUACUCACUGUUUAUUAUCUAUGCAUAGUCACUUUACCCCUACCUACAUGUACAAAUGACCUCGACUAACUGUACCCCCGCACAUUGACUCGGUACCGGUACCCCCUGUAUAUAGCCUCGUUAUUGUUAUUUUAUUGUGUUACUUUUUAUUUUAUUUUUUACUUUAGUUUAUUUAGUAAAUAUUUUCUUAACUCUAUUUCUUGAACUGCAUUGUUGGUUAAGGGCUUGUAAGUAAGCAUUUCACGGUAAGGUCUCUAUACCUGUUGUAUUCGGCGCAUGUGACAAAUACAAUUUGAUUUGAUUUGAUGAGCAGUUGAUUAGCUAAAUUAGGUGUGUAAGUACUGUGCUGGAGCAAAAGCCAGGACCAGGCUUGGUGACCUGACCACUGCCUAACCACUACUACUUGACAGCACUGAAUUUUGUCCUCAUGUCCUCACUCACUGUGAAAUGCAUCUGUACCCACGGCAGGUACACAUACUUGCCAUGCAUGCCGUUUCUAACAUGAUAUGCGAACUGUUGAAAACACAAGUGCUGUACUUGAAUAGAUGACGCUGACUGACAGUGAGAGACUGACUCCCGAGCUGGUCCCUCCCCUCAGAUCUCCUCUGCAGCCUGUGGGUACGGCUUUACCCUCCUCUCCUCUUCCACCAAGGACCUCACCAAGGUGUGGGGCAUGGGCCUCAACAGAGACUCACAGCUGGGCUUCCAACGCACCCAGCAAGACCGCCGUAAGACACUCAUUCACUCUCUCGCUCCCCCAUCCUCCAUGAUGAGCACUCUCUCCUCCUUUUGUUUUUAAACGCACAAUCUGGGAUCUUGCUCUUUCAAUUAAUGACCAAUUGAUUGAUGAAGAAUAUAACUUAUAGAUGCCUAAUGAGUUUAGGACAACUACCUUUCCCAAAAAGGUUUAACUAAAUUGCUUGUUAACAAUGGCCAUCCCUCAGCUUUAUAACAAACCAAGUGGCAGGGGCUGCAGUUUGUUGUUUUUCGCAUGAAGGAUUGCAGCUUUAACCUAUUCAGCCAUAGAAGUGCACCAGCUUGUCAACCGAGAAAGAUUGCAGGAUGUGCAUAAUUUGCUCGAUGGUGGGUGUAUGUUUUCAACAACUGCUGCACACUUUCACCAAUCUUUAGUCUAUAUGAUAUGGAUUGUAUAGUCCCAUCAGCUGAUUUAGCCGUCCAAUAUUCAGAUGAAUUUGUGCAGCGCCUGCCCUGAGCUGAUGCCUGUGAACGAGCGUGUGUCAGACUAGUCUGGGUGCCAGUCUGUUUCUGCUCUCUUGCCAAGGCUUGACAAAAACAGCAAUGGAGUUUGCAAGAGCACAAACAGAUCUGCGACCAGACUAGUGUCAGACCAUCCCAGUGAUGUUUAUAAUCACCUUGUGUUCCCUCUCUAGAUAAGAGCUAUGACUAUGUGCUGGAGCCCUCCCCUUUGCCUCUCCCCCUGGCCAGACCCCAGCAGACCAGGGUAGUGCAGGUGGCAUGUGGCCGUGCCCACUCCCUGGUGCUCACCGACUCAGAGGGAGGUAAGAGACGACACAGAGGGUGACGUUUUGUUCUCCUCACAUAAAACGAAAAUUCCCAUAUAACUUCCAGUACUGUGAGCAAUGCGAUUUGUGUUACACCUUCCUUUUAUGAUAUCCUUGAGAAGGUGGCUUUUAUUUAACAGGAGUCUAAGUAAAGAGCAUGAAAGCGUGAAACCUGUCUUGGAUAAGCUCUCGUGACAGACAUUCACAUACAUGUAAGGAAAUGCAAUGGAAAUCAAGUAAAAUAGCUAGCUCAAGAUAUAGGUUCUGAGAUUAUAAUUUAUACCUUGGAUAUUAUGCCAUCCUGUUUGUUUAGGGUUAUUUUGCUCGCUGUGUGUGCUUUUUUGAGGAAAAUGUCACACAGAAACUAGGGAAAAUGGGGGGGGGGGAAUUGGAGGGCUGCUGGGUUCACAUCCUAAAGACAUUCCCCUACCGUUGGGCCCAUGAGUAAGCCCAUAACCUAAUUAGUUCAAAUUACUACACAUGGAUGCAAGCUAGGGCACUCCCAUAACUGAGCAGGUCAACCCCGUAGGGUUAAGAUAUCAACAUGUGGUCCCUUAUGUGUUGAAAAUAUUGAUGUUAAUCCUUCCUACUAUUUUUAGUAGAUGUGUAAUUUGAAUCCUGACCUUCGCUUAUGCACUUUGCAGAAAUACAUUUGAGCUGAUGAUCGGCGAAGAGGGCUUUAUAGUUGCGUAACGAUUGUUCAUUUGGUGGCACUUUUUUAUACAGUACUCUUUCCACUGGUAUUUCCCUGGAAUUUACUUGGAAAUGAUGUGGUAACAAUCAGUACUUUGAGGUACUUACCUAAAAGAAUAUAACAAUUGGUAACUACCUGGUGCCCAGUUAUCCCAAAGAAACAAACAUGUAAUUUAUAGUUUAAUACUGUGUACAUUUUAUUUGAAUUUUUACUAUGUAUUUUCUAAGAAAAUACCUGGUCAUUUUUGUACUUUAAAAUAAGGUCCUACUGUUUGUUUUACAGACACAGCUCCAUUUCCACACUGUUGACACUGUUGUUAAUCUAACCAUACCCCUGGAUCAUCCUCCCACAUGUUUUGUGUGUGUGUCUCUCUCUCCCCUUUCCCUCAUUCUCUCUCUCCCACAUCAAAGUGUUCAGUCUGGGGAACAAUGCCUAUGGCCAGUGUGGGAGGAAGAUGGUUGAAGAUGAAAUCUACAGGUAUGACACCACACACACACACACACACACACACACACACACCGCUAUGAAUUGUUUACACACCAUAUUACCAUAUUACAGACGCAGUUGAUCAGGCUGAAACAAUGCUCAAAAUGCUAAGGAAAGUCUGCCUCUGCCGUUGUCAUGCAACACGACCGGGUGUAUGUUGAGUCAUACUAAUGAUGACUCAUAGUGUCAAAUCAAUGCAGGCUGGAAAUAUAUUCACUCUCCAGGAAUUUCAGACUGUGCUUUUCUGCCCAAUGACUGCCUACGUUGAACAACAAUCCUAUUAGAAAUGUUUUUCAGGGGUCGUAUGUAUCGGUGUAGGAGUGCUGAUUUAGGAUCAGUUUAGCCUUUUUGAUCACAAUGAAUACGAUUAUAUGGACUGGGGGGAGCUGAUCCUAGAUCAGCACUCCUACUCUUGAUACAUACGGCCCUAGGUCUUUAGAGGCCUACUUAGAGUGAUUGCCUUUCCCGAUUAUUAGGUACUUGGGCUGUUUGUAUGGGACAUUGGUGGACAGUAGGCAAGGGGACUGGGGUCUUUAUGCAAAAUGGCCGACAGGGAGGGGGCAGAGGUGACCUUUUCUGGACAGACAGGGCUCCUUGAGUAAUUGAUUGAUGGCUCCCCCCCCCCCAGUCCCUGCUGAUGACAAGCAUACCCAUAACAUGAUGCUGCCUCCAAAAUACUUGAAAAUAGAGAGGGUUUCACUCUGUGUUGUAUUGGAAUUCACCCAACCCUGUAGUUUUAAAUUUAGGCCUAAAAGUAAGUCUUGCAGUAUUACUUAACAGCUUUCUUACAAACAGAAAGGAUGAUUUGGAGUGGAUUUUUUUAACACAGGCUUCUUUCUUUUCACUUUGUCAUACAGGCCAGUAAUAUGGAGUGAAUGCAAUGUUGAUCCCUUUGUAUUUUCAAGUAUUGUGGUGGCAGCAUCAUGUUAUGGGUAUGCUUCUCACCGGCAGGGACUGGGGAGUUUGUUAGGAUGAAAGUAAAUAUGAAAGGAACAAAGCCCAGGUAAAAAGUUAGAGGUAAACCCAGCUCAGUCUUCUGAAAACCUAACCCUUAUUUUUCUGCGUGGCAGUUUUUUAUGCAAAAAACCCAUCAGAAUGGCUUUCCAAGAGGUGUUGCAUGGUCUAGUCUCAGUCCUGGCUUAAAUCUGCUUAGAAAAUCAGAGACAAGGUUUAAAUAUUGCUCUCCAUUAAUGAUCCCCAACCAAAUUUACUGACCCUGAGCAAUUUAGACAAAAACGAUGGAUAUAUGUUGCCCUGAGAGUUGUGCAAAGUUGGUAGAAAAUCUUAAUGAAAAUGAUUCACAGCUGUAUUUGUAUUUAUUAGGGAUCCCCAUUAGCUGCUGCCAAUGCAGCAGCUACUCUUCCUGGGGUCCAAACAUAUGAAAGCACUUACAUUACAUAUAAAACAAAAUAUAAAACAGUACAUCAUAUGACAUUAUUACACCACUACCUAUCUACAAUACAAAAUGUUUAAUACCACCAAACAACAAUAUCACAAUGUGUGCGUAUGCAUGUGUCUAUACCCUUGUGUGUGUCUCUUCACAGUCCCCGUUGUACCAUAAGGUGUAUUUUUACCUGUUUUUUUAAAAUCUGUAAUGGCUGCCAAAGGUGCUUCCACCAAGUAUUAAAUCGGGGGUAGAGACUUAUCCAAUUAUGAUAUUUCAGUGUUUUGUUUUUCUUCUUAAUUUGGAAAAUAUUCUAUAACUUUCUUUCACUUUGAAAAUGUGGAGUAGGUUGUGUAGAUCUGUAGGAAAAUAAUCUAAUCCCUUUUUAGAUUUAAUUUGAAGGCAGCAAAAUGUAGAAAAAGUCUGAAGGUCUGUAGACUUUCUAUAGGCACUCUAUCCUAUCUAUCUAUCUAAUAUAUAUUCUCUCUCUCCAUUGCAGUGCCAGUCACAUCAUUCACAAGAUGGAAGGCUUUGACAGCCCAGUGACUCAGGUGUGUUCUGUGUAAGGGACAGUAAGACACCUCAGCCAUUAUUUUUCCAUCUUGGUCAUUAUUGUAAAGGAAAAUCUGUUCUAAAUGACUCACCUGAGUAAAUAAAGGCUAAGUAAACAAAUAAUAGGAUGGAGGGAUGGAAAGCAGAUCCUAGAUCUGAACAUAGGGGAAACUUCACCCCAGAGUGAAAAUGAGUUGUGUGCGGAUGUGUUAUGUGUGACUGAAGCCUGCGGAUGCCAUAUUGAUGCCAUAUUUGUCCUGUAGGUGGUGUGUGGGCAGGACCACAGUCUGUUCCUGACUGAGACAGGCAAGGUGUAUGCCUGUGGCUGGGGGGCAGAUGGACAGACAGGUUAGAAGCCCCCCCCACACACACACAUACACACGCUGGGAAAAUGCCAAGGGGUCCCUAUAAAGAUUCCAGAAGGCAGAAAGAUAAACUGAGUCGCUGUUGUUUAUUAUCAGUAUCUCCACCUUUUUGCAUACUUUUCUCCGAUAUCAGUUUAUUUCUAUGCAGGAUUACCCAAAUGUACUUAACCAAAUAAUGACCUUGUGUAAAUAUAGAGCAUUUCUCUCCUGCUGUGUGAGCUUUACACAUUUCUUCCACAAAGUAUCUGAGUAGAAAAUUGGUUGUUAGUGCUGGGAAUAGAGCCAUUUUACUCCUAAAAAUAAAAUCUAUGUAUGAAGCCUCUGUAGUCACAAGAGUCCAACCUAGUCGGCAGAUAUUUAGGAGACUUCAUGAGCUGUCCUAACCAGUUAAGAGUUACCGGCAGGUGUCUUGAUUAUAGAAAAAGGCAGUGAGUCAGUGGUUCCUGCGCCACAUGCAAUUGCUUUGGAGUUUGGAAUAUUUUGAUAUAAUCAAUCCAUAAAUAAUAUACCUACAUAAAACAGUAUCUCUUGCGCUUUUGACAAUUAUUUCACAAGGCCUGUUUCACAUGAUAUGCCUAAAUACUUAUAACCUCUAGGCCCCCAUACUCAAGUGGUGGUCCGUAUCCGGACUCAUAACAAGGUCAAUACGGAGCGCGGGUCCCAACUACCAAUUAAUUUAAAAAAUUUGGGAAUCUAAACAUUUCUCUGUCCCACGCAAAAUGGGUAGAAUUGCAGAAAAUUAACUUAAAAACGGCAUCAUUUUCUCUCCACCAACAAGAGGGGUGUAAACAGUUUGGGGUCGCAUGGGUUGCGAGGUGGGGGUUUAUUACUACACCAAUAAAUGACAAUAUCCAUCCGGACCUUUACCAUCCAACAUUUGUACAGUCACAUUCACCUUGUUUGUCUGAAGCAUGGAAUAGAGUUCACAGCUGGCGAUGCCUCCUCUCGAUUGGUUAUUCCCCAUCAUUUACAACAAUGUCAAGCGUCAUCACUAUCUUUCCUUUGCGGUACCUCAAAUUGUCGUAAUUACCAGCUGAGAAACUCAGUUUGUCUGAGCAGUGUCUUAACAUCCUCCUAAAACCUACUCUGAGCUGGGAUUUAUUUUUUUGGGGGGCCUUUAAACAGGUUUUAACUGGAUUCCUAGGACCUUUUCUGAGAAGCUUUGUGGAUAGGGGCCCAAGUCUCUUUGUGCACUGUUUCAUAAAGAAAGAGCAUGAUUGUUUCAUUAAGACUGUUACACACAUGCAUAGCCUCCCUGUUUUCUAAAGACAAAGCUAUUGUAUUUUUUUCAGGUCUGGGCCACCACAACAUGUGUGCCAGGCCGGUGGCUGUAGGAGGGGACCUGGCUGGGGUUAGGGUGCAGCAGGUGACCACCUACGGAGACUGCAGCAUGGCCGUGUCCCAGGACGGCCAGCUCUAUGGCUGGGGAAACUCUGAGUACCUCCAACUCUCCUCGGUCACUGAGGCCACCCAGGUGAUGAGCCCAUCACGAUCUCAAACCAAGUUUGCCAAACUUUGUGACUCUUGUUUCUCACAAGGCUUUACUACAGUAUAUGUUAGCCUGGUGGAACCAGCUGCAUUGACUAUUCUAUUUCACUUCAUGUAUCAGUCUGGACUUUCCAGUAGAUGGGUGUUUGUAAAUAAGAGAAAAUGGCUGUGCUUUGAAUUAGGCCAUCCUCUGAAUGGUUGAAGGAGAUCCAAUUGCUGAAGGUAGUUUUGAAUAAUACCGCUCAAAUAGUUUCAAUGAGCAGGAAUGCCAGACUGAUAUGUGAAGUGAAAUAGAAUGGUGAAUGUAGUGAUCAGACUGGUUCCACCAGGCUAAACUAUAGGUACCACUACGUGUUCUUAUUCUAUUUCUAUGUAUGGCCUUUUGUCCCGAUACUGACUUCCAUGUUUCCUCUCUCUUCAGAUAAACUCCCCCCGUCUCCUUCCUUUUGAAGGGGUGGGCAAAGUGACCCAGGUGGCCUGUGGAGGCACACAGGUGGCCAUUCUGAACGGUGAGUACCGGGGCCCUGUCCAUUUCCAUUUCGGCCUCUCGCCAUGUCCAUUUGUUCCUACCUCUUCCAUCUCUGGUGGGUUGAUUUGCAUCUAAAAGUGGGCACCUGCCUGCCGAGUGCUCGUUGCUAACUGGGAUAUUUACCAAUCUGAGAAGACUGGGUAUGUGAAAGCAAUAUGGUGGAAGCUCCAAUUACUCUAUAGGAAGGUUAGAGUAUUGCUAAAAAUGAUUGAGUCCUUUCAGAUCUGUGAAUAUUGAGGGGGGUGGCAGCCAAAAUGGAACUUGGCAGUGAAAUAAUAAAAGAUCACUUGCACCAACACCACCAAUUCAAGUGAAACUAACAUUGCUGGACUGUAUAGCAUAGCUUCCUUAUUAAUAGACUUGUUUAUCAUAUCCUUUAAAUAAAUAAUAUGUAGUCGUUGUCAAUGUAGAGUGUCAGUAAAGGCGUGUUUGUCUUUGCAGAGAGAGGGGAGGUGUUUGUAUGGGGCUACGGCAUUCUUGGAAAGGGCCCUAAUCUCUCUGAAUCCCAAACCCCUGAGCUGGUCCCUCCUACACUGUUCGGCCGCUCAGAGUUUAACCCUGCGGUGACCGUGAGCCGCAUCCAUUGUGGACUGAAUCAUUUCGCUGCUGUCACAGGUGGGUUAAGUUGCGAUUUUCAGUAUGUGGAAUGAGUUAUGUUGGACAAAAAAAUAAUAAUCCAUCUUUAGUCACAAGAAUUUACAAUGUUACAGUUUAAGAUGAAUAUGUUGACAUACGGGAAGUAUGACUUCUUACCCAGGAACUAGUAACGUGGUGCUAUACCAUUCAGUGGAUGAUGCAAGAUAUGAAACCUUCCAUGUACUUGUGUGUUUACAUAUUGUUAGCAUUUUAUUAACCCAUUCCCAUUACAAGCCAUUGGAUGAUAUAAUAAUAAUAAUAAUAAUAAUAAUAAUGAUAAAAAUAAUAUAAAAUAUGUAGAAUGUCUACCUGUUGCUUGUGUUGUUCCAGAUCGUGGGGAGCUCUUCGUUUGGGGGAAGAAUGUGAGAGGAUGUCUUGGUAUUGGAAAGAAAGAGGACCAGUACUUCCCAUGGCGGGUGAGACAAGACUUAGAUUACUUAUACAUUAUUUUGUUGAUCAUUGAUAUUUAUGAUUUAUGCAAACGACUUAAAGUGACAGUCCAUUACAACAUUAACAGGUGUAAAAGAAAACGCCUGAGCUGAGUUCCCACAUUCGGUUUUUAGCGUAAAAGGAGGCUAGGUUGAUUUACAUGUAUCCCUGAAAACUGGAUGCAUCCGGUUGUUGGCAACUCCACUAAGCCUACAACAAAGUUUGUCUAAUGUUUUCAGACAUUAAAAGAGAUGUUGAGUAGACCCAGCUAUAUGCCUGAAUCUCAUACAAAUGGAAAAGAUGGGCACUGUCUAAUAUGAUCUACUCAGAUGGUGCCCAUCUUUGUCAUUCAUUUGGGAUUGAGGCAUCUAGCUGGAUCUACUCAACAGAUGGUAUGGGAGGUGGACUCACCUUGACAUUAGACCACUUUAAAGCUCUGGAAACUUUGAUUUUGGAGUGAAUUAUCCCUUUGUAGCAUACUUUUUAAAGGAUGCAUAACUAGUCCACCAGUCCAUGUAUGCAUUUAAUGCUACUAUUUUUAUGGUGUACUGUUUUCAAUGUGUUUUAGGUGACUGUGCCAGGUCAUGUGGUGGAUGUAGCGUGUGGGGUGGACCACAUGGUGGCACUGGUCAAGUCUGUCAUCUGAGCGUCCCCAGCCGGCAGGGACAGAGCCAUUACGCCCUUCUCUUCCCCGUGACCCUCCCACCUCCCCCUCUUAUCACUGAGGGUUAUCCGACCCUGUUCAGCCGCCCUGUUAGCCUCACCUCCUCUGGCCGCCAGAACCCCAGAGCCAGCUGUCCUCCAUGGGUGGUAGAGAUCCUCCGGUCCCAGCGAUCUGGUGACUGAGUCCGCCAUUGAAAGCUUCAGUCUGCUCCCUGUGUCUCUGGCUAGCACGGUUGGGAUAACAUGGAGGCUGGGUUCACAGGCAACAGUCACUGCAGCACUCCAUUAAUCUCUAUACUAGUCAUUGGGCACCCUUGUUGGAUGAUGUGGAGAUCAGUGGAGCAGAAUUUGCUGGCUCAAGGCUGAUGCGGUGGAACCAUGGAUUUUUUUCUUCCUGCAGAAAAGUGCUGAAACUUGACUGUCAGACCUCCAGAACAAUGGCCUUUUGGCAUUUUACCUUCACUGUUGAUUUUUGAUUUUUUUUAUACGCUGAACAAAAAUAUAAACGUAA